UAAGAAAAAAACAUAAAUCAGCCACUAAAACCGAACUUGUCUACUCGUGAACAGCUCCCCACAGAACAUCCCCGAGUUUCGCUGAUAAAACGUUACAUUUCCAGUUUCCACUCUCUCUCAUCCAUCCCCUUCUAUUCUUCUUCAUCACUCUUCUCUUCACUUCUCUAUGGUAUAUAUAAUAACAUCACACACACUACAAACACUCACAGAAAUAGUAGAACAAGAAAUUAAAUCCUUUGACACUUUAAGGAAACAAACAUAGGAGGGGGGGGUCACAUGGGGUUCCUCUUAUGUUGUUUUCUGCUUUUUCUUGUCAUGGUUACUUCUGGGUCACCCACAAACUUCCCCAUCAUGGCCUUUGAAGAUGGCUAUACCCCUUUGUUUGGUGACCAGAAUUUGGUGAUCCAGAGGGAUGGCAAAUCAGUUCAUCUUUCACUUGAUGAAAGGACAGGUUCUGGAUUUGUGUCUCAUGAUCUUUACCUUCACGGCUAUUUCAGUGCUUCAAUCAAGUUGCCUGGUGAUUACACUGCUGGAGUUGUGGUUGCUUUUUAUAUGUCAAAUGGUGACAUGUUCCAGAAUAACCAUGAUGAGAUAGACUUUGAGUUUUUGGGGAACAUUAGAGGCGAAGACUGGAGGGUUCAGACCAAUGUUUAUGGCAAUGGAAGCACUAACAUUGGUAGAGAGGAAAAAUAUGGCCUAUGGUUUGAUCCUACUGAGGAUUUCCAUCAGUACAGUAUCCUCUGGGCAGAUUCUAAGAUCAUAUUUUAUGUUGAUGAUGUUCCUAUUAGGGAAGUUAAGAGAACAGAAUCUAUGGGAGGAGAUUUCCCCUCAAAGCCAAUGACUUUGUAUGCCACCAUAUGGGAUGGAUCUGAUUGGGCAACCAAUGGAGGGAAAUAUAGAGUGAAUUACAAGUAUGCACCCUUUGUUGCUGAGUACUCUGACUUUGUGCUGCAUGGUUGUGCAGUUGAUCCCAUUGAACUUGUAGCCAAGUGUGAUGAUGAUGUACAAGGCUCUGAGGCAAUAGUAGUUCCUUCUAGUGUCACCCCAGUACAAAGAGUCAAAAUGAGAAACUUCAGGUUGAAGCACAUGACAUACUCUUACUGCUAUGACACACUAAGAUACAAAGUCCCUCCUCCAGAGUGUGUCAUCAACCCCAAAGAGGCUGAAAAGCUAAGAAAAUCUGAUCCUAUCACUUUCACCAAUGGCCAGCGCCACCAUGGAAAAGGACACCGCCACCGCAGUAGAGGAAGUCAGGAAGAGGCUACAAAUUCAUUUUAACGUAUGGUUCCAUUCCAUAUAAAGAUUUUGUCAUAAAGGAAAUAUUUUCAUAUAUGAAUCAGUUUGAUUUACCUGGGUUAUCAAUAUAUGUUCGCUCUAAUGGUGCUUUUAGCACAUGAAAGUGAGUCUUUCUUUUUGGUGUUAGUCCUUUACUUUUAGUUUUUUGUCCAUGUAUUUUUGAAAUACCCUAACUUCAAUUCCUAAAAUUCCAAGUUUCCAUCA